AUGAGAUACCACCUAACCGCGGAGACAAACGGAGGUCAUUUCCGCCCAAAAAAGUUCAGAUGGAAGCUCUCUAGUUCACCGGCAGGAAAGUCUGGCGAUGAUCUUUGGUCGUACCGCCGCGAGAAAGACAUUGGUGCUGCACCUGGACAAGUAAGAUUUGAGGCUCUGUAUGGCCCUGAUGGGAAUCCAGUGUCCACGUCUUUCAAACACAAUGAUGCAUCUCAGGGCGUCCCUGUCCAUACAUUAUCGUUCCGGCUCCCGAAUGGGGAAGAGUUUCAAUGGCAGACCAAUCAUCCCAUUAGUACCCUGGACGGUUUCCGCUGGGACUACCAGCGUUAUGCAUUGUUCCGGCUGUCUCGCGGUGUAGCAUGGGAGUUGGUCGCAGACAACGCGCCUUGGGAUGGACGCGGAAAAAAGCCGCUGGAGUCAGCGGACGCCUUGGCCAUCCGCGCCCGCAACAUCGAUCACAGUAUGGCAUUUACGGGGUUCAAGUCUCAAGAGAGGCAUGAUUCCUCGCAAGUCCCCCUCGGGUCUAUCGCCAACGGGAAAGGCAUGCAGCAGGGCAGCAAUCUGAGGAUCAACGAACGAAGCAAACCCCCCACCGGGGCGAUGUGGCAUGAGCGACAAUCUGAUAGCUGGAAGCUGUUCCGGACGUCAUCGUCGAACUCGCCAAGCGUGGACAUAGCUGCGGCAUUAUCAGCUUCGGAUGAUAGCAAGUGAACAUCUACGUGCCAUUGCUACG